AUGGAUGUACCAGACGUCUCUCUGCUAUCUAUCCAUGACCCUGAACCUAAGCUGGCGAUCUCCCCGACCGGUCCUUCCGUACCAGACGAUAUAAUGUACACGACGGAUCACUAUAUGACGAAGUUGAGGAAUUAUGCACAAUCCCUACCUUACUCCAUCGAGCCAUACUCUGAGAUGCAAGAGCUGCUGGAUGUAAUCCUGAUACGUAUAGCUCAGUGCGUCGAGGCGAAAGACUACGACCCAGGUUUGCUACAAUGGGAUAGCAUGUUGACUUACUGGAGCAUGCUCAAAUACCCCAUACCGAAACAGAAGAGAAUCAACCUUGCAAAGGUUUACUUCCAUGUCUGCACCACUCCUGGGAUGCCAAGCCAUAUUGUGGCUACUUGCUGCGACGCCCUGCACAUGCUAACUAGGUCCAAGAAGAAGUUAUCCAUAGACGACAUGAGGCUGCCGUGGAAACCAAUCUUCAACAUUCUCAGCAAAGACCUCUUCCUGACAAGAAGACAAUUUGAGAUCAGCCAAACGUCGUGGUACAUGGGGUACAUUGCUGACAAUGUGCGGAGAUUCUUCCAUCCCGCCGCCAUUGACGAGAUGUUAUCAACUUUCGUACCCAUGAUGAAGGGCACUAGUCUAAACAGCAUGCUCGCUGCUCAAUACUAUCUAUUGACCUUCCUGCCCUUAACGCACCCACAAUCCUAUUUGCCCAUGCUGUUCCGUUUGUGGGAGUCGGUGAAUUCGUACAUGUAUGACGAACGCAUGCUGCAGUUUCUGUCAACGCUGUCAGAGACGCACGUGGACCCGACCGUGAGUGAUCCUCGUCGCAUCGAGCAGAUUCCAGACGACGCGGAAUCCGACGAUGAAGGAAGACCUAUGUGGCCCAAAGACGAUCUCCGGACGAAAUGGCGUUGGUCAGGAAUAUACCAGGACGUCGGUAUUUUCAAUGACCAUGACUGGCACUUCUUAAUGUGCAAGUGCCUAGCUUCUAUGGAGAUUCCAUUGGCAGAUUCUGGCUCACUCACUACGGGAACAAAUGCCGACAACCAGGCGAGUUUCGAGGUUGAGAGACUACCGAAGCCGGAUUGGAGAAUAUCAUCAUUGGCUCGCAUUAUCGUCUACUCUAUGGCCCCUGAUGGCAUUGCGACACCAAACUCCAGAGCCCCUACUCCCACGUUCACACCAUUUGCCUCAGGAACAGUAACGCCACUACCGCAUCAGAACGGUGGUCUGGGCGAUUAUUUGUCUGCACCACUUGCGAAGGGGGUACAUCUGAAAGCACAAACUUAUCUUGCUGGUUGUAAAGCUUUGGAUUCUCUGGCGAGGCUUAUCGCUUGCGUUGAAGGUUUCUUCCACCCCACUAAUUCAGGAAGUUGGACUACUGAUUUGACUGCAUUUAUCAAAUUCAUUGUGUACGAGUUCAACAAAAGAUGGUACGAAGAGCAACAGCCAUCGUGCAAGACACCGCUACAUCGCCGGUUGAAUAAGGGGAUGAAGCGCGAACUAGUCAAAACCCUCAGAACAGUAGCUUUCUUAGCCAUGUUCUCUCCGGAUAGUACUACAGUCAGCAACGUCCAGAGUUGUCUGAAGUCCAUGAGCCUCAUGGAACCGGAUCUCAUACUGCAUCCGAUUUUGGACCGUGCUGUACCUGCACUGGAAGCCCUGGUCGAGACCCAACGUACGAUGGCCGUAAUUAAAGCGCUGGGCGCCGUGGCGCCAGCAAUGGUCUGCCGUGAAGUUUACUACCCGGGUGCGAAGCACCUUAUCCCAAUCUUGGAACUUCUGCUUCCAGGGAUCGAUCUGAAUGAUCCACCUAAGACGUUCUGUACAACCUCGUUCAUUUUCGAGAUUGCUCAGUACAUCAAGUUCGGCGAAUUAUCUACUCGAGAAGUAUCUCUAGGAGCUGGCGCCGACGUCGAGAAGGUCCCGUCUGAAGUGCCAGACCUGGACAUGGGCACGCUCCCAGAAGGGAUAGAACUGGACAAUGAGGUUGAGUUGCCCAAAGCAGAAGAAGACGCUAUCUUGAGACAUAUUUCUGGAAGCUUCGCUGAUUGGGUGGCUGCUUUCCUGCGGAGAGUCAUUCUCUUGUUCGAGAAUUUGCCCGAAGAAGGUGCGAAUGGUACGGCUGGUGGUGCCACUGAAGUGCAGCUGGUGGAUGCUGUGUCGGGUGCUUUCAGCCAGAUUUGUGUCCAUCUUUCUGCUCCGCUCUAUGAUAUGGUACUCAACAUGAUAUUUGACUACGCAAGUGCCAACGUUCGCUCCAACGCCGUGCGCGCUAUACAUCAAUUGGUUGAGUGCGUAGCAAAUGCCAAUCCUGAGAAAACAUUGGCGAAGUUUUUGCCCUUCUGUGACGGCAACAUCCGAACUGAGUUAGAGCAUGGUGCAAGCUCGACGAGAAUCACAUCGAGCUCUUCCACACCUCUCCCGUCAGAUGCGACUCUGCACUGGAGUCUGGCUAUUCUACGGGGUUCAAUGUACAACGAUGGUCAAGCGACACUGAAAUAUCAACGAGAGCUCCUAUCGCUACUGAAGCUACUUCAUCAGAAGACCUUCUCAAAGCGAGGGUUCUCUUCUAGUGGCAAGCUUCUGUCUAGUAUCUUGCUGACUCUCUCGCACACAUAUCCCCUGGAAAACAAAUUCGUCAAUCCCGAUGAAUGGGCCAGUGAGGAUUUCCGGAUGAAUCAUCAUCUAUACUGGGGAAAGCUUUACAGGCCGGAAGAUGUGAAGCUCUCCUGGCAUGUUCCCAGCGACGAUGAGAUAGAAUUUGUACUUCAGAUCUUCCGAGAGAUAAUUGAGCCAGUCUUGUCCACGUUGGAGGGUUUGCUGAAACCCGGCAUUGCGCAUGACUCAAAAUGGCGGAACGAUUUUUGCCGACAUCUCAGCUUCGUUCGAAACGCGUUCUCGGGCAUUCCUACGCUGGUUAAGGAGGUUAUAACUCGUGACGAGAUGCAAGCAGCUAUUGCCACCAGUGAUAUCUUGAACGAAAUACCAGAAAUGAUUGCAUCGAUACAGCCUAUUAGCUCUGGAUUCUGCCUGAUGGAUGAUCAGGAUCCCCGCCACCAGUACAUCUCAUUGUUGAAGCGACGCUUUGGCCGAUUUCUGCAUGAUGCAUCAAUCGCACUACGUCAACAAGGAGAAGAGAAUACUGUCGAUGCGGUGAACAUGCUGAUACGUUCUAUAAGAACAUACAUGCUUGACUAUGGCGAUAGCAGGGAUAACUAUCAUGUGCAGGCCGAGCGGUAUGAUAGUGAGAUUGAUGUGGCACGCCACUAUGCAAAGCAGAAAGUUUGGCCAAGGGCGUUAUUUGUGCGACGAGCCAGAUUGUAUCACACUGCGCGCCUCCGCUGGAACUCUACUGAACGACGACGAGGCGUCCUCGAAGAUUCACUAAUCGACGACGUUACAGAAUGGACGAUGUGGAACUAUGUCACUGUGAGAGAAGCCAGCCAAUCUCUACUGGAUACAUUAUGUGGUAGUUUCGACGGUAUACGCCGACGUUGCCUGCCCAUCCUCUUCAAAGCAUUAGAGCCUGGUACAGAGGAUGAUAGGAUGAAGGGUGCACUUUGGACGCUGGAUUCGGCUGCUUUCGCGAAAUAUGCUAUUGGCGAACCGACACUGAUUACUGACAUGGCGCAGAAGCUCUUUGGCUGCCAGCACAAUGAGAGGCCGUCAAUCCAGUUAUGCGUUGCUACUUUGUCAGAAACAUGUCUGAGCAGUUUCCUGGAACCAUGUUUCGUGGUCUACGACAUAGAGAACCCAGGACUGGUGAGAGUAUUGGCCGACCUCAAGGCCUGCAUCAAUAAAGAUUGUGAUGUCGAUAUUACCGCUCGAUGUACAGCGCAGCGAGUUCAGCGUUUGCAGUUAGCAGACGAGGCUGCUACCAGGACUAUUGAUGCCCUGCUCGACAUAGCCAACUCUCCCAAAACUCACUGGCGGUACGCGAUAGUCGCGGUGAGAUGUCUUCGAACCUUGAUCAGGAGGGACAAGCCCAUGACUGCAUCGCAUGUUCAAUACAUCAUGCGAAAGACUCUUGACUCGCAUUCAAGCAUACGCUAUUAUGCCCAGCGUGCAGUUAUGAAGAUUUCCCGCUUUGUCAAGCUGCGCACACUAUCUUAUGGUCCUAUUGAUCUUGCGUUAGAGCAGAAUCACAAUCCCUUGAGGCGGACAGUAACCAUCCGCGAGCCUACGCACGAAUUCACGUCCACCUGGUUAGCAGAUUUUAGGAGGCCUCCUGAUUUGCAAACAGCGGAACGGGAACCUAUUUUCCGCGAUAAGAUCAGUAGUGGUUGGUUAGCGUGGAAUGAGACAUUCGAUUGUUUCUUGGCGCCGUCGUCCACGAAGUCUACUUUUCAGCCUUGGGAAGAAGGAAGCGAAGAGGCUGUUGCCGCUGUUCGAGACAUUGUGAAGGAUCCGUCGUAUUGGAAGAAACUUUCAGCUCAUUAUUCUGCGGAGAAUCAUAAUGAGGUGAUUUCGCAGGACAACGCUUCUUGUGUGAAGUCAAUAUUCCAACUUCUGGAGGAUGAGCCGUUUGAGCCUCUCAAACCCACUCUGGAGGAUCUUAUUGCCGACGAGGACAAAAACAAGCAACGCGCGGCCGCAGAAUUACUCGCAGGCUUAUUUGGAGGCUCGAAACAUUGGCCCAUCAACAAGCAAGUCAAGUUGUGGGAGUGGUUCAUACCUCGCAUGAAAACCGUGCUUGGCCAGAAGAGCAACGAUACAUUGCCUAUCUGGACUUCGUUCCUUGAAUAUGUUUUCUUCAAUAAGGAUCCUCGAAGGGUGCAGCCACUUGUGGAUUUCAUCGUAGCAGAAUUCGAUAACGUGGACUUCAACAGUGAAUCAACCUUUGAUGUGAUCCAGGUGCUCUCCUUCUUCCGGGCGUUCUAUGAGGAGCUGGGUUUGAAGUUCAUUGGAUGGAUUGAUGACGUUAUCAAACGUUGUUGGCUAGAGUUGGACAGGAGCGAACAUGAAGAUGUCCUGGGAUAUAUAAGUGAGAUUCUCUUAUUCAGUGGCAAGACCAUGUGGCGUCCAAGCCCCUCCAUACCCACAGCGGAGACCUUCACGCGUGAAUGUCGGACGUCUUCGCUGGAAGACGACAUCAUGGGUAUAAGGGAUGUCUACCAUAGAGGACGGGUGUUGGAACUCGUCGACAAGUUCAGAGUCUGGCGUGACCAGCGAUUGCCCGGUGUGCGUGCUUUCCAAUCGACUUAUGAUCGAGUCGGUAUUCUUGUCUGCAAGUGGCUUUUUCAGAUGGUACACGACACCAAUGCCGUCUCGACUUUUGACUACGUCCUUCCUCUGAUGCCUGAAAUUUUUCGUUUCACCGAGGUGAAUGACAACGACGACCUCUCUCAUCGCGCUAAGCUUCUACUGGUACGAAUGUGUGGUGUCAUACCUCCACGACCCCUCAUCAAUCCGAUCUUGGAUGCGAUUUUCACCGCCAUCCAAACUUCACCGUCAUGGAGAGUGCGCAUCAAGAUUCUCCCAUUGGUCCAAGUAUUCUACUUCAGACAAGCACCGCUCAUCAGUGAGAUCAAGCUCGUAGAGAUGGUUGAGGUGGUGUGCAGAUGUCUUGAUGAUGAGGUAGUAGAAGUGCGCGAGAUGGCUGCAACAACGCUGUCGGGCAUUCUCCGACUUUCACCACGUCGAAGUGUCGUUGCGCUGAAGGACCGCUUCGUGCGGCUGGCCAAGAACAGCUAUCUGCCGGAUAGGCACACCCCUGGGUACAAUGCGGCACUACGUCAGCGACAUGCUGCUAUCCUUGGUAUCUGCGCGCUAGUUGACACAUUCCCGUAUACUGUGGAGAAGUGGAUGCCUGAUCUUAUCACAAGUGUACUGGCUGAGCAUACAUAUGACCCGAUUCCGAUAUCGACAACUGUACGCAAAUGCGCUGGGAACUUCAGGAAGACGCACCAGGACACAUGGCAUGAGGAUGCGAAGCGAUUCACCGAAGAACAGCUUGUGGCUCUGUCAACUCUGCUUACAGGAUCAUCCUACUACGCUUGA